AUGCCCAAGCACCGGGACCAGGAUAGAAGGAGGAGGAGCUCGAGCUCAGAGGAUAGAGAAGAACGACGAGAUCCUCGACUACGGUCGAGAUCUCACGAAGAGUCCGAGGACCAAAAGAAAAAGGAGGAGGAUGGCAACAAAAAGCCAGAGGAGAACGAGAACAAGAAAGAGGAGGAGGAGAACUUUGAGGAGGAAACUGUGGCCUCCGAGGAGGCAACUGAGUCCGAGGACAAAGAAAAGGAUCCGGAGGAGGAGCCGGAGGAGGCUACGGCCUCGAAGCCAAAGGAGGCGGCCUCGGAGGCUGCGGCCUCGAAGCCCAGAGUCCCUUCUCUGGAUGAGAAGACUGCUGAUUGGCCGAUAAGUGCCGCCGGCAGGCAGAGGCUGGAGAGAAAGCUUGCAACAGCCAGGGUCGCGGCAUCCCAGGCAGCUCUCCAGUCCUGGGCAGAAGAAGAGCAGGCCAGAAAGGAAAAGAAGGAUAAAAAAAAGGGAAAGAAGGAUAAAAAAGAGAAGGAGAAGGAUGAAAAGAAAAGCGAACGAGAGAGAUCAGAGAAAAAGGACAAGGAGGUGGAUGAAAAAUUGAAGGGGGCAAAUGAGAAGGCAGCAGAUGAGAAGAAGGACAACAAGCCUUCGGACGGGCCCAAGGGCCCGUCCAAAAAGUGCCCCAUUUGCUGGAGGUGGAUACAGGAGCAUGCGGCCGCCUCGUCGCCAGCACCGAUUGUCGGCCGGGCAAAGCGCCGGUUCCAGGAGCACUGGCAGCCCGGGAGGGAAGAGGAGAGCGAAGAGGAAUCCGAAGUCCCAAAGUGGGAGCUGCGGCGGGAUUCCGGCAACAAGGGCCAUGGAUAUGGCGACAAGGGCCAGGGAUAUGGCGACAAGGGCCAGGGAUAUGGCUAUGGUGAUGUGAGAGGCGGCUCCGGCCCCUCGGGGGCCAAGGCCCAUACCGAAGCUGAGAAGGGCCGUCCUGAGCAGGCUAAGGGCACGAAGAAGAGAAAAAAGCCGGGGGCAGGAGAGACAAUCUCCCUGAUUGAGCCCGAGGAUGACAAAGAGGAUCGAAAGCCGGUGAAGCUUUUGCCCAGGAGUUUGCCAGCUAAGGCUGGCAAGACCGGCCAGGACAAGAAGAAGGGCAGCAAGGCUAAGGGCAGCAAGGCUAAGGCCAAACGUAAGCGACAGGAGUCGCCGGUACGGGACGAUGAUCACGUCCCAAUGCCGGACAAGAAGGACCCGGACGAUCCGGAAGGAGGGUCUGGGAGCUCCUACGGGAAAGUGGUGACGAGCCUUUUCCAAAUCGCCUGCCAGGAGCUUCGGCAGCGGUACUAG